AUGAGCAUCCAAGACAAAAUUACUGAAAUUGAAGAAGAAAUAGCACGCACACAAAAAAACAAGGCAACUGAACGACAUAUCGGUCAUUUGAAGGCUCGUAUCAGUCGGUUGAAACUUAGUAUGGACGAAAAGAAGGGCAAAACGGUUGCGCCCAGAGACACAUUUGAUGUAAUCCGUAGCGGAGAUGCCCGUGUCGCGCUCAUAGGAUUUCCAAGCGUGGGAAAGUCCACGCUGUUCAGCAAAAUUACCAAUACGCAGAGCAAAAUUGCUGAGCACGAGUUCACCACGGUUGACGUGAUUGCGGGUCAGCUUCGUAUCGAAGAAAGCAUCAUACAGCUUCUGGACCUUCCUGGCAUCAUUACAGGCGCAGCUAGCAACAAAGGAAGGGGCAAACAAGUCAUAAGCGUGGCCAGGACAUGCAAUCUCAUCGUUAUGAUCCUGACCAAGGAAGAGGAAAAGGAGCUGCUCGUAAACGAACUCAAUGAAAUGGGCAUACGUAUUAACAGAACAAAACCACGAAUAAGUAUAAAUCAAACAACAGCUGGUGGCAUUAACAUAAAUUCGCUGGAAAAAAACAACGAGGAAAUGAUAAAAUUUAUUUUGAAGGAGUUCAAGAUUAAUAAUUGCUUGGUGACAAUACAGGACAGGAUAACCGAUGAGGAUAUGAUUGAUGCAAUUACGAAGCGGGCAGUUUACAUGGAUUGUAUCUUUGUGUACAACAAGGUUGAUAAUCUCAGUCUUGAGGAAAUAAAGAGAAUUGAUGGCGUAUCGAUCAGUUCAGAAAAGGGAUGGAAUUUUGACACCUUGAAAGACGUAAUAUGGCGUACACUGUCGCUCAAAAGAAUUUACACAAAAAAGAAGGGCGAGUUCCCCGACUUGGAUACGCCCGUGAUCAUAAGGAAAGAUGGAAAAAUCUCGGAUUUGUGUAAAAAAAUACACAAAGACUUCAUCAAGAAGUUUAAAAGCUGCUUGGUGUGGGGCAGAAGUGUCAAGCAUCUGCCACAGCGUGUAGGGCUGGGCCAUGUUCUCUCUGACGAGGAUGUCGUACAGAUUUACAUAAAUUAAGUCUAUGCGAUAGAUUUAUACCAAUGAAAUAUUAAAUUUGUGUGUUUGUGGCUAGAAU